AAAAGUAAUAAAAAAAACUUCACCAAAUACCCAGAUGCCAUGCUGCGCCUGUUGUCUCCCCCGCGCCGCCCUUGCGGGCUUCGAAUGGAUCUAUUAUGCAUCCGCGUCGUAGCCUAUGACGAGUUUGUGCGAUACGAAGAGCAAUUAAGACUAGACGACCGGCCCUUACACCCUAUCCCCGUGUUAUUGGGACCAAACGAGACCAUGGUCGAAUACGAGCGAGAUUUUGAGCUCUGGCUUGCGAUCCGCAACGUAUCCUUAGAAUCUCUCCAGGGCCACCCCGGGGUCGAACGACUCUUUCGAUUAGACCAUUCAAAUAGCAGGUAUAUGGAGCUUCGUCGUCAGUAUUGUGGGACAAAAACGCAACCGGUUUCUUAUGAAGAGCGAGGACCGCCUGACAAAUGGAGGCACAACGAGGAAAUAAUUCCCUUAAAUUACUGUCAAGAACGACAAUUUCGAACACGAAGCGAGUUGCUUGACUGGCGUUUGGUCUCUCCGGAGGCCUUUUUAAGGGCGAUGGAAGACUUUGGACCGAAUGGACGAAUGUACCGUGGGGAAAAGUUGAGGCCGAUCGCAGUUGUAUUGAGGCCGGGCGAGACUUCUAGUGGCUACGAGUUGAACUUUCAACGCUGGCUGUCGAAGAAGAACUUAACCCUGGAAAUGUUGCAUGACGACCCCGAGGAGGAGCGACGAUUACGACAGUGCUUUGCCUACAUUAGAGCUUACGAGUUGAUGGACAGGAAAUGCGCCAUGCAGCGCUUAAAGAACCAGAAUGCCAGGAAAGAGCUGUCAAUGGAUCGAUAUUCUAAACGCCCACGACUUGAGUUUGAUGAUGUCAACACGAUGGACACCUCGGUAUUUGAUCAAAGUGUUCCCGUUGACAACGGAAUGAAUAGCUUGAGUAAAGCUGAAGACGAUGCAUAUAGUUGUGCAUCGUCAACUACGAUUUCAGAGCCACUAUACUCUCCAACUGAUUUCGAAGCUGAACGCUCUGGUGUCCGAGACAAUAUGGUUAAGAAUGAAGCUCAUGUAAUUUCUCCAGGUGCAGGCAAUUGUGUGGUCACUGCAACUAGCGAGGAUGGUGUUGUGAAACCAGCGAAUGCAGAUAUUUAUGCAGCUGCAUCUAAAACUUUAUUGAAAGCGAAGCAAGUUGAAGCUGACUCAGUUGAACACGAGCUGAUUAAGGACUAUCUUCGUGUGAGUCGACAAGCUUUUCGCGGCGAAGCAGCAGCUAACAAUUCCUUUAGCCGAACCAAGACUGAGCUUUUGAUUCACGUGGAUAGUGCAACGGAGAAUUCAAUGCAUACUGGUGCUGUACGUAAUGAACUCGUCGGAAAGAAACAUCGUCAAAACGCUGCUUUGGCUUCUCUAAUAGCGCACGAAUGGAGAGAUAAACAAGAAAAUUUGCAGCGUGGUAUACAAUCACUGGUUGGUGAUUCAGAGGAAUUAUCUCAUGACGAGGUGGUGGCAGUGUAUGAUAAGCUUCAGCAGAACCAUGAUGAGAUUCUGCCUUUACGAAUCAAGCUGAACAACCGACUGAGUUGGUUGAAGGCGACAGACACGGACAGAGAUGCACAAUUCCAAGAGCUAAGAGAGAUAUCCAGAGCUCUUGAUGGCAAGUUAGCGCAGAGAUCAAUGCUGCGCGAACGAGGGCGGCUACUGUGCUUGGAUCUGUUACGGUCAAAUGAAGAGAAUCAGAUGCAAGCGAUGAGUUGGUUGAAGAAGGGGAGCGCAUCAAAUAGUUGAACGAGCCCAAGACCAUUCUCCGCAGAUUUGUGACACCAGAAUUACCGAAUGGCAUACAGAAGAAAUGCUGCGAUCACUCCAUGCGUUUGCACUAGGACUUGGAACUUGUCCACUUCAUAUCGCUGUACUGUGCACUUUCAUCUUUUAGUUUCAAAUUUUAUUUUAUCCUCAAUGGUGAGGGUGAUGAAGGCAGAUCGUUAUUGUGCAGUCAGAUAUUCCUACUCCCCGCCUGCUGUUGCAGAAGUACAGCGGACAAUGCAGACUGGUCUCUGGCGCCACAGAACCAGAUACCUAAUACAACAAAGCUGCUUACACCGCGACUAAUUUACGAAUUUCACGCAGGGUCAUAGAGGACAAACCUGGUGGCAUGCACGUUAUCCAACCAAAUGGCGACGUUACCAACUUCCAACACCAAGUGAAACUAGCUCAGCAAGAGUCAUUCUGCCUUUACCAAGCAAAAAAAAACAACGGCAUUCACCUAGAAUACCAUCGGAUUCUGCUAAAUUCACUCCGUAAUUUUCCAGGCAAGCCUCGCCAAGCUAAACAAACCUACCCUGUACUCGGCCCAAGAUUCUCAACCUACAAGUCUCAAUGUCAUCGUACGUGAAGCGCUACUGUUCUGUUGACCAUGAUAGUCGUCCUGGUCACUUUUGGCUCGGCGCACCUCGAGCGAACCGAGGGGAUGGCUGAGCCGCAAAUAUAAGCUCGAUUGCCCAAUGCAGAUGGGACGGCUGCUGUGAUACGCUCCCUGAGAGAUGGCGGCACAAGUAACGUCGACAAUGAAUUCGUGUGCAAGGAAGAAAGAGGAUAUUUGAGCAACCUAAUCAGCACGGUCGCGAUAAAGUUGGGCCUAAAAGCCGCCUUGAGGCUCAACUCGACGCCACACUACGUACUCGCUGAUGUAGUGAAGCAUGGCAAUCCGUUAACCGAGCGGAACUGUUCCUUUUGGCUGAAGUACGUGUUUAAUUACUGAAAGAAGAUGGGCGAUAUGUGGGCCGACGACGCGUAUGUUGUCAGAACCUUGUCCGGCCUUCUUCCAGCUGACAAGUUGUCGGCGCUUUUCACAUCAAUGGGAAAGAACUCUCAACUAAAACGUUUCCGGGAAAAAUGGCAGUGGAUACUCGUUAAUUUUUUUUUUCUACGGUCCCAUUAGACAAUCUAUUUUGUGCUGAUCAGUUUUGGAUCGGAACUUGCCUUGCUUAACAAGACUUUAAAGUAGAAAAGUCAUGCUCCGAUCGAAAGCUGAUCAUAAAAUACAAUAGUCAUAAUUUCUUACAUCAUUUUCUAAGAAAAAAAAAUGCAAAAUUGUGAGUUAUUUUGAG